UGAUACCUUUCAAGGGAUGCCACUUGCUCAAGGUAUACGUUAGAAACAAGCCCAGCAAGUGAGGAUACAAAGCUUGGACCUUGGCAGGACGUUCUGGCUAUGUCUAUCGCUUGUACGUGUAUGGAGAUAAUCUUGUCAGAGAUGCCCCCAAUACUCCAGAAGAUAACGGGGAAAGCGGAAAGGUUGUUUUGCGGCUAACUCAAGACUGCCCCUCCCGGAACACAAGUCUUCUUUGAUAACUUCUUCGCAUCAAUUUAACUUUUGAUCGAAAUGAAGAAAAUGCAUCUCGGAGCAACAGCAACGUUCAGGGUGGCGAGAACCGGGAAUUGUCCUUUGAAGGGAGAAAAAAACACUGAAGAAAGAAGGAAGAGGAGUGAUGGAUUUCCGCACCGAAAAGGACUCACAAGACCGUUCUGUUACAGUUGGCUCAAAUGUUCACAGCGUUGAACCCCUUGACACCUGCACGCGUUACGAGAGGAAGACGAAGACUUACGUAAACGUGGAGAGGCCGAACCUUGUCAGGGUUUAUAAUGAACGCAUAAGUGGCGUCGACAAAGCUGAUAUGCUCCUCUCCUUUUACAGAAAUGACCUGAAGACCAAAAAGUGGUACAAAAGAGUAUUGUUCCAUCUCAUUGACCUUUCUGUUACAAACGCAUGGCUUCUUUACCGUAAAGCUAAGUCGGCAGGCCUGCAUCUUGCAGACUUCAAACUUCAGGUAGCACUUGGACUGAUGCAUUCUCAGGAAAGCAUGCCAGCUUGCAAUGAAGAUUGCGUUGAACCAACACUUGCAAAAGCUGGUUCAUCGACGAGAGCAACGGAAGGUUCAACCUCAAAAUCUGGAGUCGUAUCUAAGAGGGCACAUCACGUCCAGUCCUCAGUACGUUACGACAGCUUCGCCCACUGGCCUGUCAAAGUGGCACAGAAAAAUGCCCCCAUGUGCAAGCUAGACGCUUGCACAAGGCGCACAAGGUUCUUCUGCAAGGAGUGUUUGGUGUAUUUGUGUAUUGAUCAAGAUGGAAUCAACUGCUUCGAAAAAUUCCAUUGUGCCUUAGGAUGGUCAGAACUUGUGACAAAUUACUGUUUCCUCUAACCCCGAGCUCCUGGGUGCAACAAAUGUGUUGGUAUUAAAACUCAUAUUUGA